AUGCUAUCCAACAUCAAAUCUAUCUUACGAUUUUCUUGUAAUUUGUACAACGUUAUAAAUAUUUGUAACUUUAACAGUAGCUUUGUAGUAUCUCCUUUAGCAAUCCCAGGUGCUCUAAAAAAUUAUUCUUUUUCUGCAGAUAAAUGUGUAGCAUUAAAUAUUGAUAGCUUUUUAGGAUGUAAAGACAAUGGCAAAAAAUUUGAACUAGAAUAUAAAGGUCUUAUGGAACAUUUGGUAUUUGAAAUUUAUUCUAGAUCUGCGAAUUUAAGAUUCAAGUCUUUGUUUGAAGUUUGUAUAUUCUUUAGAAACAAAAAUGAAUGUACUAAGAGUAAAAAGAUUCCGUUUUCGAACACAUUCUCUUUUCUUGUUUUGUUCGGUGAUUUAUCUUCUUCUAAACCUCUUUUGACUACUUUUAAUGGUGUGCCGUACCGUGGUGCUGGAAAUUUUUAUGAAAAUUGUUUUAAAUCUCUUGAUCCUAAUGUCAAUAUAUUUUUGGCUAGCAAUUGCUUUAUUUCUGGAUAUUGGUUAAAUUCAUUUGUAAAAUCAUUAGUACCUGAAGAAUUUAUUGGUUGUACUACAAAAAUCGAUGUGCAUAUGCUUCACAGGCAGGAUGUAUUUAAUGUUUAUCAAAACGAAUAUUUUACAAGUGUACAGAUACGUUUUAUGAAAAAAGAAUUUUCUUUUAUUGGUAUACUUCCUCAAGAGGGUGUAUCACUAAGUGAAGUUAAUAACUAUUUGCUUGAAUCGAGAUUUAUUGAAAAUAUUACAAGUUUAAUGAAACCUACUAAGUUAGAUUUAAAAAUUCCUCAAUUUGCAAUAAAAUCUAAUAUUGAUAUUAAGAAUGUACUUUUAGAAGUAGAUCAGAAUAAUACAAAUAGUGAUCUUAAAAGCAUGUUGGAGAAUUGUGAUUUAAAAAAUUUUCCUGGUUUAUUUCAAGUUUUAGAAUUCAGGUUUUGUAAAGACGGCGUAAAUAUCUCUGAUAUGAAUACAUGUAGUACAGGCAUGAAGGAAUCUUUAGAAGAUGAAGACUUAUUAGUACACUUUAAUCGUUCAUUUUUAUUUGUAGUUGUUAGAGAGUCCAGAUACAAUGAAAAAAAUUAUCAUCUUCCUCUUAUUAUGGGAACGUAUACAGGUUCUAUAAAUGAAUGA